AUGUCGGUGGCCCGACUCCGCGCUGAAGUUGACGACCAUGAGUCUAAGAGGGCUAAAGGGAUGGCCUCGCCCAUGCUCGGAUUCUCGGAUGAGGAUAAGGUUGGAACUAUCCAGCCCCACGACGAUACUCUAGUCAUCACACUCACGAUCGGGGGAUAUGACGUGAAGAGGGUGCUAGUUGAACAGGGCAACGUUGUGGAGGUAAUGUACCUCGACCUGUAUAAGGGGCUGAAGCUGAGACCCAAAGACUUGACGGCAUACGACUCCAUUUUGGUAAGUUUCAAAGGGAAAAUCGUUACUCCGAAAGGCCAGAUUAGAAUGCCUAUACAAACAGACUCGGACAUAGUGGAGGUGGACUUCAUAGUGGUGGACGCAUAUUCACCCUAUACCGCCAUUGUAGCUAGACCUUGGCUUCAUGCCCUAAGAGUUGUUUCCUCAACCUUGCACCAAAAGAUGAAGUACUCGUCGGAGGGUCGGGUCAAAGAAGUGAUAGGAGACCAAGCCAUGGCCCGGCAAUGCAUGGUGUCCGCCAUCUCGCGACGGCUGAGUGCCGAGCCUUCAACCCCUAUCGAGAAUGGCUUAUAG